AUGGCGUCUGGGCGUAAGGACUUUUUGAGCCAAACCGCUCCCGAGAACUACGUCGCCGGUCUUGGUCGCGGUGCCACUGGCUUCACCACCCGUUCAGAUCUCGGACCCGCGCGAGAAGGCCCCACGCCAGAACAGAUCCAGGCGGCGCUGGCAAAACGGGCCCAGCUGCUUGGAGCUGCUCCUCCCACGGCUUAUGGCGCAGGGCGAGAGAAGGGCAGUAAAGAUGAAAAGCCGGACGAAGAGGAAGAUGACGAGCGGUUUCAGGAUCCGGACAAUGAAGUUGGGCUAUUCGCGUACGGUCAAUUCGACCAAGAGGAUGACGAGGCGGACCGCAUCUACAGAGAGGUGGAUGAAAAGAUGGACAAGCGCCGGAAGAUGAGAAGGUUAGUUUUCCGCCCUUUUGCCUCCCCUUCUGCUAUUUUGAUGAAGCGAUUUGUUCAUCCGCUUCUCCAUAUGCGGUUUGUUUGGACAGAUUACCGACGUAAUUCCUCCACCAUUCACAGGGAAGCUCGCGAACAGCAAGAACGAGAAGACUACGAACGCAAAAACCCCAAGAUCCAGCAGCAAUUUGCAGAUCUAAAACGAUCCUUAGCCUCGGUCUCCGAGGACGAGUGGGCUAACCUCCCGGAGGUGGGAGAUCUCACCGGAAAAAACCGACGCGCAAAGCAGAACCUUCGGCAGAGAUUCUACGCAGUACCGGACAGUGUGAUCGCGAGCGCAAGAGAUUCGACCCAGUUUGAGACAACAAUUGCGGAGGACGGGACCCAGACGGCAGCCAAUGGAGCGGAGGCAGCUGAUGGGACAAUCACCAAUUUCGCAGACAUCAGUGCUGCGCGUGAUAAGGUCCUGAAGGUCAGGCUCGACCAAGCCGCCAUGGGAUCAUCUGGGGAUUCUGCCUCUGGAAGCGCUACCAACAUCGACCCGAAGGGCUACCUUACAAGUCUCACGCAAUCUGAGCUGAAAGCUGGAGAAGUAGAAAUCGGAGACAUUAAGCGGGUCCGCGUUCUGUUGGAAUCUGUAACGAAAACGAAUCCUAAGCAUGCGCCGGGGUGGAUUGCGCUGGCGCGUCUAGAAGAAUUAGCCGGUAAAAUUGUGACCGCCAGGAAUGUAAUCGCUAAGGGUUGCGAAUUGUGCCCGAAAAGCGAAGAUGCCUGGCUUGAAAACAUUCGCCUUAACGAGGGCCACAAUGCCAAGGUGAUUGCAGCUAACGCCAUUAAGAACAAUGACCGUUCUACAAGACUCUGGAUCGAAGCCAUGCGAUUGGAGACUGAGCCUCGCGCGAAGAAGAACGUUCUUAGACAGGCGAUUCUUCACAUACCUCAGUCUGUGACGAUAUGGAAAGAAGCCGUCAACCUUGAGGAUGACCCUGCCGAUGCACGUCUGCUUCUGGCGAAGGCAGUCGAGAUGAUCCCACUUUCUGUCGAGCUCUGGCUAGCCCUGGCUCGUCUGGAGACACCGGAGAAUGCCCAGAAGGUUCUCAAUGCCGCCCGUAAAGCGGUUCCCACCAGCCACGAAGUCUGGGUCGCUGCUGCCCGCCUGCAGGAACAGAUGGGUACCUUCGAGAAGGUAAACGUGAUGAAGAGAGCUGUCCAAUCCCUCGCGAGAGAAAACGCCAUGCUCAAACGGGAAGAGUGGAUAGCGGAGGCAGAGAAGUGCGAAGAAGAGGGUGCUAUCCUCACCUGUGGCGCCAUCAUUCGCGAAACACUCGGAUGGGGCCUGGAUGAGGAUGACGAUCGCAAAGACAUCUGGAUGGAUGAUGCAAAGGCCAGUAUUGCCAGGGGGAAGUACGAGACAGCCAGGGCUAUCUACGCCUACGCGCUGCGUGUUUUCGUCAACCGUCGUUCAAUCUGGAUUGCGGCAGCUGAACUGGAGCGCAACCAUGGUAGUAAAGAAGCGCUGUGGCAAGUCCUUGAAAAGGCCGUUGAGGCAUGCCCACAGAGUGAGGAACUAUGGCUGCAGCUGGCCAAAGAAAAAUGGCAGUCCGGCGAGAUCGACGAUGCCCGGAGAGUGCUCGGCCGUGCCUUCAACCAAAAUCCCAACAACGAGGAUAUCUGGUUGGCUGCUGUCAAGCUGGAGGCCGAUGCCAACCAAACAUCCGAAGCCAGAGAACUUCUUGCAACUGCUCGACGCGAAGCGGGUACGGACCGCGUUUGGAUAAAGAGCGUCGCGUUCGAGCGACAGCUCGGCAACAUCGAUGAAGCGCUCGAUCUGGUGAACCAAGGUCUCCAAAUCUAUCCCAAGGCGGACAAACUUUGGAUGAUGAAGGGGCAGAUCUACGAAGCCCAAAACAAAUACCCACAGGCUCGGGAAGCUUACGGAACCGGAACCAGAGCCUGCAACAAGUCCAUUCCACUCUGGCUCUUGGCCUCAAGACUGGAAGAAAAGGCCGGUGCGGUCGUCAAGGCUCGUUCAGUACUUGACCGUGCUCGCCUUGCGGUCCCCAAGAGUCCAGAGCUUUGGACCGAAAGUGUGCGCGUUGAGCGCCGAGCAAACAACAUUGCCCAGGCCAAGGUUCUAAUGGCCAAGGCAUUGCAAGAAGUCCCUACCUCUGGGUUACUAUGGAGUGAAAGCAUUUGGUACCUGGAGCCGCGCGCGCAACGGAAAGCUCGGAGUCUGGAAGCGAUCAAGAAGGCCGACAACGAUCCAAUUCUCUUUAUUACCGUCGCGCGGAUCUUUUGGGGUGAGCGCCGGUUGGAAAAAGCACUCACCUGGUUCGAGAAAGCCAUUGUCUCGGAUAGUGAUAUGGGCGACGCAUGGGCUUGGUACUACAAGUUCUUGUUGCAGCAUGGCACAGAGGAAAAACGCGCCGAUGUAAUAUCCAAGUGUAUUUCGACCGAGCCCAAGCACGGAGAAGUCUGGCAAUCCGUAGCCAAAGACCCCGCCAACGCGCUCAAGUCGACAGAAGAAAUCUUGAAGAUGGUCGCAGACCGUCUGACCUAA